AUGGUAAGAUGUUCUGCUCAUUUCUGCUUGGUGUAUAUCUAUGUCAAAGACUCGUAUUUGGUGCCUUAUCCAGCUGUUGCAUUUCCAGACUCAGAGUGUAAUGUCUCACAUUAUCCACGCUGUCUUUCUCUGGGCUAUGGUGAAUAUCUCUCGUGGCUGCUUUCCUUAUCCCUCUAUCUUACACCCAAUAUCUGGCUGUUACUUUCCCUUACACCCUCUAUCUGUAACCCUCUGUCUGUGCUUACUUUCAUUACACCCUCUAUCUCGCUGUGCGCUUACUUUCAUUACACCCUCUAUCUCGCUGUGCGCUUACUUUCAUUACACCCUCUAUCUAACCUCUAUCUGCUGUGCUUUCAUUACACCCUCUAUCUGCUGUCUUACUUUUCAUUACACCCCCUCUAUCUGGCUGUGCUUACUUUCAUUACACCCUCUAUCUGCUGUGCUGUACUUUCAUUACACCCCUCUCUGCUUACUUUAAUACACUCUAUCUUUCAUUACACACCCUCUAUCUGGCACAAUACUUACUUUUUACCCUCUAUCUACACCCUCUAUCUAUCUGUGCGCUGCUUUCAUUACACCUCUAUCUGCACAAUGCUACUUUCAUUACACCUCUAUCUAGGCUGCCUCUAUCUACUUUCAUUACCUCCUAUCUGCUGUCCUCUAUCCGCUGUCUGCCUGUUCUCCUUUGUUCUUCUGUUCCCCCCCCCUGUGCCCCUGUUCCCCCCCCCUCGCUGUGCGCUCACUUCUGUUUCCUAUUUCCCCCAAGCUGUGCGCUCCUUCCUGUUCCCCCCCCCCCUGUUCCCCCCCCUCGCUGUGCACUUCUAUUCCCCCCCUUCUGUUCUUCCUGUUCCCCCCCUCGCUGUGCUCACUUCUGUUCCCCCCCUGGCUGUGCGCUCACUAUUCCCCCCCCCUCGCUGUGUAAACUCCUUCUAUUCCCCCCCUCGCUGUGCACUCACUUCUAUUCCCCCCUCGCUAAUAACUCACUUCCUAUUCCCCCCCCCCUCAUCUCACUUCUGUUCCCCCCCUGCUGUGCGCUCACUUCUGUUCCCCCCCCCCCCUGUGCACUCACUUCUGUUCCCCCCCCCUCCCCUCACUAUUUCCCCCCCCCCCUGCUGUAAGCUCCUUCCUGUCCCCCCCCCCCCCCCUGUUCCCCCCCUCUCUGUGCGCUCACUUCUGUUCCCCCUCUCUGUGCGCUCACGCUCACUUCUGUUCCCCCCCCUCUCUGUGCUCACUUCAGUCGUCCCCCAUCUACCUCUCUCAUUGCACCUGCUGACAUCACCCACUCAUUUGUAA